UAAUAAACGAUGCAUCCAGCUGCUAUUGUAUUUAUCGUGGUAGGAGGGAUUGCAUGUCUUUGGGGUGGUUAUGAAGCUGGUAGCAAAAUCUUUGAUUGGAUUUCAUUUCGACGAGAACAACGACGAUAUGAAGAUUAUAUUCGACAUUAUCAUGAAGAAAAACAAGUAUUUUAUUCAUCUCCUCCUUCUUAUGAUGAUGAUGAUGAUGAUGCUAUUCCAUUAUCUUCUGCUUCCUAUAACCAGAACAAAGAAGAUUUAGAAAAUAUGGCAAGACAACUUGAGGAAAGAAGACAUGCAUUACAACAACAAAGACAAUUACUUGAACAAGAGGAAAGACAAUUACGACAACGACGCAUUCAUCAACGUGGCAAUAGUUUGAUGGGUUGGAAUAAGGAAGAUGAUAUUAACAUGUCAAGUUUCCCACGCACCCAAUCCAUUUCUUCUUCCAACCAAACUUGGUCUUCCGUUCAACCAUCCUCUGACACGACUCAGCAAUUAUCAUCCGAUGAUCGGCUCUCUGUUGAAGACGAUGCUUUUGGUGUACUUAGUUUAGCUUCCUCUUUUGAAGACCAUCCUUCAGAAAAUAAACCAAAAGCUACUUAGUAAAUAAAUAAAAGAAAAAAGACG